GUACUAGCGCGCAUGCGCAGUGAAGAGGAAACUGCCGAGGUUCGUUUUCAUGGCUAUGUGCGGCUGAGUCAAAGAGAGUGAAGCAGAAAAGCGAGGCGGAGUGUGAGUUCAGUGCUCACACUUUCUUUCUUUUUUUUGUCGGCUCCUGACCUGUGCGUGUUGUUAAAGCCUCUGGAAUGACGGUAGCGUCCAAAGAGCUGAUUUAAGGCAGAACAGGGGGUUGCAGUGAGUGUGAGUGCGCAGCCACGAUAAGCGAGCAGUGUAAAAGUGAGCUAGCUAGCGAGGUUAAGUCAGUUGGUGGAUUGCCCCGGUAACGGCGAGGGAGGAAAAGAUCGCAGAUUGGGAUACAAAAUGGCAGAUGCAGAUUUGGACUUCACGACAGGUGAUGCUGGGGCUUCCACCACCUACCCCAUGCAGUGUUCCGCCCUGCGCAAGAAUGGCUUUGUGGUGCUGAAAGGUCGACCAUGCAAGAUUGUCGAGAUGUCAACUUCCAAAACUGGCAAACACGGACACGCAAAGGUCCACAUGGUUGGCAUUGAUAUCUUUACUGGCAAAAAAUAUGAAGAUAUCUGUCCCUCAACUCACAAUAUGGAUGUCCCCAACAUCAAGAGAAUGGACUAUCAGUUGAUUGGCAUCACGGAUGGCUACCUGUCUCUGCUCCAGGAUAGUGGUGAGGUCAGAGAAGACUUGAGAAUUCCUGAGGGAGACUUGGGCAAAGAGAUCGAGAGCAAGUAUGAAGCUGGAGAGGAGAUACUGAUCAGUGUCCUAUCUGCAAUGAACGAGGAGGCUGCAGUGGCCAUUAAAGCCAUGACUAAAUAAAACGCAGCAGUUAUAUUUGACCCCUUUGUUUUUCAUUCAGACUUGCACCCUUACUCCUGCCUGUUCUUCCUCUGCCUUCCCUUUCUCACUUUCUCUCAGGUAUUGGCAAGAUGCACUGGACCUGGACAGAAGGAGAGAAUUACGCCUCAGCAAUGCUAUUCCCUCUGAUUUUUUUUUUCUUUUAAUUUUCUUUGUUCUCUCCCCUUCUUUACGUACUUUAGCCUGUCUUUGGGUUGGAAAAUUUACAAGAGAAUAAAUAAUUGGAAAUGGUUGCAAAAGGACAAAUAUCUCUGUAAAUACACUGAAUAUACAUUAAUCAACAAUAUUUUGAAUGUAUAUAUUAGAGGAAAAAAAAAAGGCAGAAUGACACAUGAGCUCUAGCUUUGGGAACUGUAAAGGCACAUCAUAUGUAUUAUACUAACAUGAGUGUCCUGUUCUCAUUUUGCCUUUGGCUUGUUUUUUUCACUUUUUUUUUUUUUUUUUAAAUAUUGAUAUUUGUCCCAAUUACCACCCUUCUUUUGCCAUUUUAAAUCGGGCUGUUUAAGCGCAGAGGCCAGUUCUCAUAUAGGCACUGUGGUAAAAGACAACCACCAUGGCUAAUGGGAUGUGCUGUGGUCUCUUCUCCCACUCCUUUAUCUUUGGGUAGUCGAUAUAAAAAAAAUUGAGAAGCCAUCCUCAGAGUAAACUGGUGUAUUUAGUGAAAGUAAAAAGGUUAAUGAAAUGUCCUGUUUACACUUUUUUUUUUUUUAAACAUUAGUCAAAUUUAAGACUGUUUUCAUGUAGAAUAAUGGUUUCACCAAAUGUUGAGCGCUGUAGUCUUAAUGAUUGUCUGAAUAGGUUCAUUGAUGGGGGGGUGUCACACUGUUCCUUAAGCAAAACAACAGAAAUUGAAUAUCGGGGGAGUAUAGCAAUGAUUUUGGUCUCUGUACACUCUCAGGCUAAGAGAUAAUCAUGAUCUACAACCAUCAUUCCCUUACCACCUUUUAAAAGGGGUUUAUUCUCCAAUGAUCAUUUUAAUUUGGUGAAUCCUGAUCCCUAUGGGUUUGGCUGUCUAUGCUGGCUCAUAUCUGAACUUGGUGUUAAGAUCAUUUUUCUUUUUACUUUCAUAUUACCUAAGCAAAACCUUUGUUUGUACCCUGACUGUGAUAAACAGCUGUAUUAAACCAAGAGAUACUCAUACCCUAAUAUUAAAAUGAGCACCUACAUGUU